AUGGCGGACAAAUGGAAGGUUGAUCCUACCAAGCCGGUGAAGUCUUUAAUUAAUAGGGCAUGUAGCAAUAGUGAUUCAGCACCAAUGCCAAACCAUGAGAGCUUCAUCGAAAAAAUGAAGAAAGAUGGACUGGUUCUUCAUGGACAAAUUCUGUUCCUCUAUGCUGAAGUCAUGGGACUCGCAGACUAUUACUUACUUAGGUAUAGAAGAAGCAUGAGAGACAGGAGGAGGAGGAAAAUCGUUAAUCCUUACCUGCAACAUUGGCCUCCAAUUUCUCUGCUGCCGAUUCAUACAAAAGUCAAUGCCAAAGAUGAAAUAUUGGAGGAAAUUAAACGAAAAGCACAGAAUAAUGCCCGGUAUUCCGCAAUAGCAUAG